AUGGCGGAGGGCAGCUGGCCUCUGGAGUUCAAAUGGAUCCACAACAACACGGAGCUCACGCGCUUUUCACUGGAGUACAGAUACCUCAUACCCUCCCUGGACCGCUCGCACGCCGGCUUCUACAGAUGCAUCGUCAGGAACAGAGUGGGGGCACUGCUGCAGAGACGAACGGAGGUCCAAGUGGCAUUCAUGGGCAGUUUCGAGGAGGGCGAGCGCGCUCAGUCCGUCUCCCAGGGCGACGGAGCAGUGAUCCCCGCUCCACGGAUCCGGAGUUACCCACAGCCUCAGGUCACAUGGUACAGGGACGGACGCAAGAUCCCCCCCAGCAGCCGCAUAGCCAUUACACUGGACAACACACUGGUCAUCCUGUCGGCGGUGGCUCCAGACGCAGGACGGUACUAUGUCCAAGCUGUAAACGACAAGAACGGAGAGAAUAAGACCAGCCAGCCCAUCACCCUGUCUGUGGAGAAUGUGGGAGGCCCAGCUGACCCCAUCGCCCCAACUAUAGUGAUCCCGCCAAGGAAUACCAGCGUGGUGACAGGGACUUCAGAGGUUACCAUGGAGUGUGUGGCCAAUGCAAGGCCUCUGAUUAAACUGAGCAUCACGUGGAGGAAAAAUGGCGUGAUCGUGAACACUGGUCUGAGCGAUUUUAGCCGCAGACUGACCAUCCUGAGCCCCAUGGUGACCGACGCCGGGUACUACGAGUGUGAGGCCAUUCUCCGCAGCAGCAGUGUGCCCUCUGUCAGCGCCGGAGCUUAUCUACACGUGCUGGAACCACCGCAGUUUGUGAAGGAGCCUGAGAAACACAUCACCGCCGAGAUGGAGAAGGUGGUGGAUAUUCCCUGUCAGGCCAGAGGGGUCCCACAGCCGGACAUGGUGUGGUACAAAGACGCAGCACCCAUCGACCCGGUGAAGACGCCCAGAUACAGGGUGCUGGCGGGGGGCAGCCUCCAGGUGAACGGCCUCCUGCCUGACGACACCGGAAUGUUCCAAUGUUUCGCUCGGAAUGGGGCCGGAGAAGUGCAAACCAACACCUACCUGGCUGUAACAAGCAUUGCUCCAAAUAUUACGACCGGACCCUCGGAUAGCACAGUGAUCGAUGGGAUGUCUGUCAUUUUACACUGUGAGACCUCCGGAGCUCCCCGGCCGGCCAUCACCUGGCAGAAAGGUGAGCGUGUGUUAGCCAGCGGAUCUGUGCAGCUGCCCCGCUUUACACUGCUGGAGUCAGGCAGUCUCCUCAUCUCCCCCUCACACAUCUCCGACGCCGGGACCUACACGUGCAUGGCCAGUAACUCCAGGGGCAUCGACGAGGCCUCUGCUGACCUGGUGGUGUGGGCCCGAACUAGAAUCACCACUCCCCCUCAGGACCAGAGCGUUAUCAAAGGUACCAAAGCAGUCCUGACCUGCGGAGUGACCCACGACCCCAGUGUUUCUGUCAGACACAUUUGGGAGAAGGAGGGCACGCCGAUAAAUGUCCAGUCGAUUCCCAGAAUGAAGUUGGACACGGACGGGACCCUGCAUAUUUCCCAAACCUGGUCCGGAGACAUCGGGACGUACACCUGUAGAGUCACGUCUGUGGGAGGGAAUGACUCACGCAGCGCCCACCUCAGAGUCAGGCAGCUGCCCCAUGCUCCGGAGAACCCCACGGCCGUACUGAGCGCCUCGGAGAAGAGAGCCAUAGACCUGAACUGGAACAAGCCUUUUGAUGGGAACAGCCCCCUCAUCCGCUACAUCCUGGAGGUCUCCGAGAACAACGCUCCGUGGGCCAUCCUGCUGGCCAAUAUCGAGCCGGAGUCCACGGCGGUGACGGUGAACGGGCUCAUCCCAGCGCGCUCGUAUCAGUUCCGCCUCUGUGCUGUUAACGACGUGGGGAAGGGACAGUUCAGCAAAGAGACGGAGAGGGUCUCAUUGCCAGAGGAACCUCCGAGCGCUCCUCCCCAGAACGUGAUCGCGAGCGGACGCACAAACCAGUCCAUUAUGAUCCAGUGGCAGCCUCCUCCAGAGAGUCACCAGAACGGCGUCCUGCGAGGCUACAACGUCAGAUAUCGUCUGACAGGGCUGCCCGUGGACUACCAAAUCAAAAAUAUUACCAGUCCAGAGGUUACAAAUCUGUUACUGGAAGAUCUCAUCAUUUGGACAAACUAUGAGAUUGAAGUAGCAGCGUACAACGGAGCCGGACUGGGUAUUUUCAGCCAUAAAGUGACUGAGUGGACACUUCAAGGAGUGCCAACCAUCGCCCCCGGCAACGUCCAAGCUGAACCAGUCAACUCCACCACCAUUCGUUUUACAUGGACAGCCCCAAACCCUCAGUUCAUCAACGGCAUCAACCAGGGCUACAAGCUGCUGGCCUGGGAGCCGGGGAGAGAGCAAGACGUUUCUAUGGUAACGGUGAGACCCAACUUCCAGGACAGCGUACACGUGGGGUAUGUGACAGGUCUCAAGAAGUUCUCCGAAUACUACACCUCUGUACUCUGCUUCACCACGCCUGGAGACGGACCCCGAAGCACCCCGAAACUCCUGAGAACGCACGAAGACACUCCGGGCCCGGUCGGACAUCUUAGUUUUACAGAAAUCUUGGACACGUCGCUCAAAGUCAGCUGGAGUGAGCCCAGCGAGAAGAAUGGAGUUCUUACAGGCUACCGUAUUUCAUGGGAGGAGUUCAACCGCACCAACACCAGAGUGACCCACUACAUGCCCAACGUGACCCUGGAAUACCGGGUCACGGGGCUCACGGCUCUCACCACCUACACCAUCGAAGUGGCCGGGAUGACCUCCAAAGGGCAGGGCCAGCUUUCCUCCUCCACCAUCUCCUCCGGGGUCCCACCUGAGCUGCCCGGACCGCCCACAAACAUCGCCAUCUCCAACACGGGCCCUCGCUCCGUCACCCUGCAGUUCAAACCCGGCUACGAUGGCAAGACUUCCAUCUCUCGCUGGCAGGUGGAGGCGCAGGUGGGAGCGACAGGAGAGAAUGACGAAUGGGUCAUGGUGCACCAGGUUUCAAAUGAACCAGAUGCCCGAUCCUUGGUGGUCCCAGGACUCAACCCGUUCACGUUUUAUAGAUUCCGGAUGCAUCAGGUGAAUAUAGUUGGCAGCAGUGUUCCGAGUCAGCCCUCCAGGAAAAUCCAGACGCUCCCAGCCCCACCGGAUAUGGCUCCCGCGAAUGUGACACUGAGGACAGCCAGCGAGACGAGUCUGUGGCUGCGCUGGAUGCCUUUACCUGAAUGGGAGUACAAUGGGAACCCGGAGCUGGUGGGGUACAGGAUCCAGUACUCUCGGGCGGGCUCGCCGGGUCGCGCUCUCACCCACGUGAUCGCCGACCGUCUGGAGCGAGAGUUCACCAUCGAGGACCUGGAGGAGUGGACCGAGUACGAGGUCAGGGUUCAGGCCAUUAACGGCAUCGGGACGGGACCGUGGAGCCAACCGGUCAAGGGCAGAACCAGGGAGUCAGUCCCCUCCUGCGGUCCGACCAACGUAUCCGCCUUUGCCACUACAUCCAGCAGCAUCCUGGUGAGGUGGUUUGAAGUCCCCGAACCCGACAGAAACGGCCUUAUCCUGGGCUAUAAGGUGGUGUACAAAGAGAAGGAUUCAGAUAAUGGGGUGCAUUUCUGGACAGUAGAAGGGAAUGCCACCCACAGCGUCCAGCUCACGGGCCUCGGAAAAUACGUGCUCUAUGAGAUACAGGUCCAGGCUUUUACGCGGAUUGGAGAUGGACGACCAAGUUCCCCUCCCAUACUAGAAAGGACACUGGAUGAUGUGCCUGGGCCUCCGGUGGGGAUCCUGUUUCCUGAAGUGAGGACCACUUCAGUGCGUCUCAUUUGGCAGUCCCCGUCUCAGCCCAAUGGCAUUAUUCUGGCCUACCAGAUCACCUACCACCUGAACUCCACCCACAGUAACGGAGCCACGGUGGAUGUUCUGAACCCCAGCGCGCGUCAGUACACCGUCACCAGCCUCAAGCCCGAGUCCGUGUACGUGUUCAGGAUCACGGCACAAACCCGGAAAGGCUGGGGGGAGUCUGCAGAGGCGCUGGUGGUCACUACUGAGAAGAGAGCCCGUCCCCAGCCCACCAGUCGCCCCGGGGUGCCCCAAAAGGACGUCUCCGCUCGACAGGUGCUGUUGACGUGGGAGCCUGGCAGCGACGGUCUGUCCCCUGUCAGAUACUACACCGUCCAGCUCCGAGAACUGCCCGAACACAACUGGACUGUCCACUCCGCCUCCGUCAACCACGAAGCCUCCUCCUACGUAGUCACGAAGCUGAAGCCGUUCACAUCGUACCAGUUCAGAAUCAAAGCCACCAACGACAUCGGAGACAGCGAAUACAGCGAGGAGAGUGAGGCCAUCACAACUCUGCAGGAUGCGCCCGACGAAGCUCCCAUCAUCCUCUCUGUCACGCCGCACACAACCACGUCUGUGCUGAUUCGCUGGCAGCGACCGUCGGAAGAGAAGAUCAAUGGGAUUCUCCUCGGGUUUCGGAUCAGAUACCGCGAGCUCUUGUACGACCGUCUCCGUGGUUACUCCAUUCGAAGCAUCGCCACUUCCUCAUCCUGGGCUGAACUUAACGCUCCUUACAGCAUCCGGAAUCUGAGCGAUCCAACAAUGACGCAACUGGAGCUGGACAAGCUGAGCAAGCACAAGCGCUAUGAGAUCCGGAUGUCUGUGUACAACGCAGUGGGAGAAGGGCCCAACAGCCCCCCUCACGAGGUUUUCGUCGGGGAAGCAGUCCCCACUGCCCCGCCCCAAAACGUCGCCAUCCAAUCUGCCACCGCCACCCAACUGGACGUGAUGUGGGACCCCCCUCCAGUGGACGCCCAGAACGGGGACAUCCAAGGCUACAAGGUCUUCUACUGGGAGUUUCAGCGUAAAAACGAGACGGAGAGGUUGCGUACGCUGUUCAUGCCGGAGGGAGGGGUCAAACUGAAGAACCUGACCGGGUAUACCACCUACAUGAUCAGCGUGGCUCCGUUCAACGCGGCAGGAGACGGACCGCGCAGCCCCCCCACCAGAGGGCGCACACAACAAGCAGCUCCCAGUGCCCCCAGCUUCAUUCACUUCAGUGAGCUGACCACCACCUCGGUCAACGUGUCCUGGGGAGAGCCCACCUACCCCAACGGCAUCAUCGAGGGCUACCGGCUCAUCUACGAGCCCUCCACCCCCAUAGAAGGGGUCAGUAAAACGGUGACGGUGGACGUGAAGGGGACCGGCCCACUGUGGCUCAAACUCAAAGACCUGGCAGAAGGGGUCACCUACAACUUCAGGAUCAGGGCCAAAACCUUCAUCUACGGACCUGAGGUGGAAGCCAACAUCACCACGGGCCCAGGAGAAGGAGCCCCAGGACCCCCCGGAGAGCCGUUCAUCACUCGUCACGGUUCAGCCUUGACGAUUCAGUGGAGUAGCGGAGAUCCAGGAAGAGCACCCAUCACACGCUACGUCAUAGAAGCUCGCCCGUCGGAUGAGGGUCUUUGGGAUAUUCUGAUUAAAGACAUCCCACGAGAGGCCACUUCACACACGUUCAACAUGGACCUCCUCAAACAAGGCGUCAGCUACGACUUCAGGGUCAUUGGAGUGAACGACUACGGCUACGGCUCUCCCAGUCUGCCCUCCCCCUCCAUAUCCGCCCAAAAAGUGCCUCCAUUUUACGAGGAGUGGUGGUUCCUGGUGGUCGUGGCACUGGUGGGACUCAUCUUUAUUCUGCUGCUGGUGUUCAUCCUCAUUAUAAGAGGCCAGAGCAAGAAGUACGCCAAGAAGUCCGAGUCAGGAAACAACUCCAACUGCAACGCCCUGACCCACGGGGACAUGGUCAGCCUGGACGAAGGACGCUUCCCUGCCCUCGAACUUAACAACCGCCGCCUGUCCGUCAAAAACUCCUUCUGUCGCAAGAACGGAGUCUACACCAGGUCACCUCCAAGACCCAGCCCCGGAAGUCUCCACUAUUCCGAUGAAGACGUGAGCACGAAAUACAACGACCUCAUCCCAGCAGAGAGCAGCAGCCUGACGGAAAAACCAUCGGAAAUCUCGGACUCCCAGGGGAGCGAUAGCGAGUACGAAGUGGACCCCAACCGCCAGAAAACCCACUCCUUCGUGAACCACUACAUCAGCGACCCGACUUACUACAACUCAUGGCGGCGUCAGCAGAAGGGGAUCUCGCGCGCGCAGGCUUACAGCUACACCGAGUCCGAGUCGGGAGAACCUGAGCACUGCGCGCCCCCCCCUCUGCCCCCGCUGCCCCCCUGCCCCCCCCAGCUCAGCUCCCCCACCCCGCAGCCCCCCCAGCCGCAGGCCCAGGGGCAGCCUCAGGGCCAGGGCACCCUCUUUAGACCCAAAGGCAGCCGGACUCCCACCCCGUCCCAGCAGAGCGCCAACCCGCCCGGCCAGCACAGCACCCUCUACAGGCCACCCAGCAGCCUGGCACCCGGCUCGAGGGCACCCAUUGCUGGUUUUUCCUCCUUUGUUUGA